AAGUCAAGGCAUCUUGAGAGUGAGAACUCAACGGCAGUGGCAGAGGACGAGGGAGAAAAAUCCGUAAAGAACCCCUCUUUAUGGAUUGAAGGCAAAGAGUUGGGCACAACUUUGGGACUCAGUGGUUAUAUGACUGAAGCAGUAGGGAAGAGAGGCGACUGGAAAGAUGUCACGACAAUUAUUAAAGGAGAUGGGGGGAGCGGUGGAGUAGGAGGUGGAGACCCCCUCUGGGAGUGGAGAAGUGUCAAGAAACACCCAAGGUUCAAGAUCAUGGUAGCAUAUGAAGUCACCUUGAAGAGUAUGCUGUAG